UCAAGAUCAACUGGAAAUUGUAUGAACAGUUACUAAUUUGAGUUUUUUUCUUCUCCUGAGAGAUGAUCAAAGAAGGUCUCCAGGGCUGAAGGGUUGGUGCGCAAAAAGGACCAUCAUUCAUCCGUUGCCUGUUUUCAUUUUUACAUUUCAGCACUGAAACAUGGCUUGUAUUUCUGCCAUAUUUUUUCUCUGUGUAACAUCUAUGCUCGGUGGAGCAGAGAGCGUAUCUGAGACCUGCCGGGGGACGCGCUGCUUCUCUGGACAGGACUGGAGAAGAGCGUGCGUCGGAGCGCACUGCCAGGGGCGCACGGAGGCAGUAGCGUCCCGACUCCAGUUUCACCACUCUGCACAAUCAAGGCAAGGACAAGUCUACCCGAGUUACCAACAGGAUGCUCAUUUCAGUCAUCACCAAGCCCAGAGUGCGCCGCUAUCACCGUACACCAUCGUCCAACCUCAGCAGGGGGGCUUUGCGCAACCAGCAGGUACCGAUGGCACCAGGAGGACGAACCCGAGAACCAUCACGGCGGAGGUGUUCCAUCCUGGCUGCGCCGGUGGGACCUGUCCCACCACUGUCUCUCAUCACCCGACGAGUGAUGAUAGUGCAACACGGGAGUGCAAAGGGAUUGGAUGUAAACUUCCCCUCCGGAUGCUCCAGAAGCCCAAGCCUUGCGUCGGAGACGGUUGCGGUGCAGUGGACGACGGCAGAGGAAACUCUUCACCGGUCCAUGUGACAGACAGAGCGGCGCAAUUUCUGGAUGAGCUUCCAGACUUUGGGUCGGAACGUGGUGCUUGGAUACAGUUGACAUGUGACAUGAAACCAGGGACCAAUGAGGUUCCGUCAGAGGACGCUCUUGUGCUGCAGCUGCAGCUUUCCAAGAGCCAAGAGAAGCUGGUUGAGGCCCUCAGGGGCCAGCAGGACGAGGUCAGGGAGCUGCAGAGGCUCCUCAGCGAGCAGCAGGGGACGCUGGUCAACCAGCAGAGAGAAAUACUGGAGCAACAGAGGAGGAUGUAUGAACAGAUGGAGCAAGUUAAAGCCCAGUACAAUGCACUGAUGGACAGCAUCAAACAAACCUCUUUCCAGAACCUCCAGGGGGAGCUAGACAGUCACAUGGAGACCUUGAGUGGGCAGGUCAGAACCCACCAAGCACAACAGGCUCUGUCUCUGCACAAGGUGGACAUGGAGGCCAGCGUGAUGGAGGUGGGGCGCCCCCUGUUGGCCUGUGGGAGCUGCGGUCCUGAUGAGUACUGCGGCUUCAGCAGUGGUCAUCCUCGCUGUGAGAAAUGUACCAUCUGUCCUGCCGGCUUCUUCCUGGUCGCUCAGUGUUCGGUCCAUGCAGACAGAAUCUGCCAGGACAGAGAUGAAUGCCUUGAAAUAGCUGAUCUGUGUGGAGAUCAACAGAAGUGUCUUAAUACUCCAGGGGGAUUCAGGUGUCAGGGCAUGACAGAGCGAGAUGCCAUCUCGGGAAUGUGCGGCCAUGGCUACUUCUACAACUCGGACAUGGAUGAGUGUCAGGCCUGUAAUGAGUGUGAUGGGGAGCCCAUGGCUUCGCCUUGUACCUUCACCACAGACGCCAUCUGCUCCGGCCCUGCUGCCGGUGACAGUGCCCUCUCUCUUUCCUGGGCUGGAGAUGUGAGUCUGCCUGGUGAAAGAGGCCACAUCCUGGCUCAUGCCUUCCCUAGCGCACAGCUUUCAAUCCGUGCAAGAAGCGACGCAGGUCUGUUGUCUGUUGAAGACGGGCGCCUGGUGCUCAGGCAGCACGGCCUAAUCUGGCUGGAUGAGAAUCUGUCGGUGACCCACGGCUGUCGCAGUUUCAUCCAGGUGUGUCUGCGUAUGAACAACACAGAUGGCUCUGAGGGUCGUGACCUCAGUGGCGUUAGGGUCGAGCAGCAGGAGGGAAGGUCGCUACAGAGCGUCAGCAUCAGCGGGGUAGCAGAGGUUGCCCCAGGUCACAUGAUCUCCCUCUUCCUGCGGAGUGCCAGCCACCACUGUAACCAAAGCAGUGAAGGUCUGCAGCUGUACGACCCUUCAGCAGCUCCGCUCAGUCUCCUCUGGCUGUCUCAUGACACCGGUGCUGUUGCCAUGACAGCGCAGGCCACCGUGUCUGCGCACUACCACACAAACUAUCGCCCGGUCUUCCGCACCACGUCCACCUCUGACCCUUACGUAGUGGGGCUGACUCAUGACGGCCGUGGGAUCCGUUUUGCAGAAAGUGGCACGGUGCGUUUUGUAUUCCAGCAGGCAUUGUACUCCAUGGGCCAGGCGUGUGUGAGCGAGGGCUUCCAACUGUUGGCGUACCUCAACCAUAACGGAACUGGUCUGGAGCUGUGCCGUACCUUCAAGCCAGGCGUCCACUAUCGAGACACAUCCAUAUCUCUGUCUGGAGCAUCUAAAGUUGGUCCAGGGGACACACUGGGCUUUGAGAUCCUCUCUCCCGCUCAGUGCAACGUACGUUUCUUUGGCGAUGAGACGGGCAUCAGUACCCUAAGCUUGGUUUGGGUCCCCGCUGCUAUCUCUUCCUCUCUGUCUGCCUCCGUGGCUCACACCGGCCUUCCCUCAGGAGCAGUUCGAAACAAGCCUCUGUUCUUCCGCCAGACCAGCCCUCAGGUAUCCCAAAUGGGGAUGCUCGGGAGGGGAUCCACAGAUCAGAGGCGAGAUUUUGUCUUCAGGGAGAGCGGCACAGCCAGUGUGGCUCUGGAUCUCAAACUCAUUCACUCCUGCAACCUGCUCAAGGUGACUCUUCUAAGGCGAGGCGAUCCAGAGGGGUCAGGAGGAGGUCGGGAGGCAGAGGGAGUGCGGCACAGCCCACUGGCCCAGCAGGUGGGUGGUCAGAUGCCUGAGGGCAGCCACUGGGCCAGAGUGAGCCUGCGGGCGUCCUUCCUGGUUCAUAAUGGCACAGCGGUGUUCUUCACACUGGACUGUGUACGUGGACGGGUCAAUCAGAUCAGCCACCAAACAGGAAGUGGAGUGUCAGUCCUCUGGGUGGCAGCAUGAAACAAGAAAGACAAGAAAGAAAACAAGAAAACUUAUUGUGCUGCUUCUUUAUGUUGUUUCCAGUUCAGUAGACCAGAAGUUUAGCCAUUUAUAUGAUGGAACAGUUUCACUGGUUUGAUUUUAAAGGAAUAGUUAGAGAGUGUGAGAAAGACACUUAUUUACUUUCUUGCUAGGGGAAUUAGAUGAAAGGAUUGAUACCACUCUGUUAUUGGUCUGUUCAAUAUUAAGCUUCAGUUCAAUAUUAGCUUAGCAUAUCUUAGCUUAGCAUAAAGCCUGGAAACAGGGGGAAACAGCUAGCCUGGCUGAAUCCAGAUGUAACACGUUGCACCUAUUAGCACCUAUAAAGCUCACAAAUGAACACUUUACAUCUUGUUUGUUUAAUCUGUACAAAUACAAAAGUGUUAAGUGUAAAAAAACAAGUUGUGGUUUUAUGUCAGGCUAGCAUCUCCCACUUUCCCCGAGCCUUUGUACUAUAAGCUAAGCUAGCCAUCUCCUGGCUGUAGCUUCAAAUUUAACAGACAGAUUUGAGACUGGUAUGGAUCUUCUUCCUUACCACAGAAUAAACAUACUGAGCAAUACGCAUAUUGAACAAUUCAUUUAAGGGGCUUGAUGUUGUAGUGAGUAGCAAAAAGCUAAACUGACUUUUGUAAAAAAAUAUUUUGUGUUUAAAAAAUCAAUUAAGGACUAUUUAAAAAAAAUGUAGCAUUAUAUACCAAUCAUAUUUAUGUUAAUGCAAGUAUAUUGUGUCAUGAUUUCUGUAGAAGCCCAAAUGAUGGCUCUAUACAGCUGUGUUCAGUUUCUAAUGGACACAAUUUUUCUCCCGCUGAGUUUUCUGCUUUUUCCAUGUGCUGUACUUUGUCUGUCUUUUAUUUAUGUAAUUACUCCGUUGACAGCAAAGGACCUUCAGAUCAUUCCCACUGUGACUGCAGCAUUUUCUGUUGUCACCAAAAGCGAUUUGCUGGUGCUGGUUACAUUAAGGAGCGUGUUUUUAAGAGCACGUGUUUCAUGUUAGCCGCCAUUUUCUAAUGUGAAUAUCUACUGCAUGCCUUGUUUAAUGACCGCUUUCUGCAUAUUAUGGACUUAAAGAGAGUCAUGUGUUUCACUAAGGCCCUGUUGAUGAUGAACUGUCCUGGAGAGGACAGCAUGCUAUGUUAAAUAUCAACACUCGAAGAUAUAGUUACUGUUUACUCAAAAUGUAAUAAAGUGUAUAUUUGAUGUUUUAUAUUAAAUACAA